CCUGCCAGGGCGGGGGAGGGUCAGUGCCAGAGACAGGGCCAGCCCACAGGCGUGAGGCCAGAGCUAGUGGUGGGUUCCUGUGGGUCUGCACUGCACCCCAACCAUGGACGGGCAGUGUUCUGAAAGGCCACAUAGCCACACCCCGACGGGUAGAAUGUCGUCAGCCGUGUCCCAAAACUCCAGAAUCUCCCUCCCUGUCUCCACAUCCACGAAGGACUCAUCUUGCAUGAAGGCACCCCAGGACUCUGCCUGCAGGGACAGAUGGUCACACCCCACCACCAUCCUGCUUCACAAGUCACAGAGCAGCCAGGCCGCACUGAUGCCACAGGAGCACGGGAUGUUCAUGGCGGAGGCCUACAGUGCAGCCAUCUGCCUCAAGAUGCUGCAGGACAUGAACGGUGCCGACCUCUUCCACUUGAAGUACAUCAUCAAGAAGAUCAAGAACAUGGCUCGUGGCUCCCCCAAGCUGGUGAUGGAAACCAUCCACAACUACUUCAUAGACAACCCGGAGAUCUCCAGCAGGCACAAGUUCCGGCUGUUCCAGACCCUGGAGAUGGUCAUCAGGGCCAGUGACGUCCUGGAGGAGACCUGGGAGAAAACCUUCAUGCAGCUCGCCCUGGAGAACAUGACCAAGGCCACGGAGCUGGAAGACACAUACCAGGACGCGGCCAGCAACGUGCUGGUGGCCAUCUGCAGGCACUCGUGGCAGGCGGUGGCACAGCAUCUGGAGACGGAGCUCCUGACGGGCAUCUUCCCACACCGUAGCCUCCUCUAUGUGAUGGGCGUCCUGUCCUCCAGUGAGGAGCUCUUCAGCCAGGAAGACAAGGCCUGCUGGGAAGAGCAACUGAUCCAGAUGGCCAUCAAGUCAGUCCCGUUCCUGAGCAUGGAUGUGUGGUCCAAGGAGCUGCUGUGGACACUCACCACGCCCAGCCGGACCCAACAGGAGCAGUCCCCUGAGAAGGCCUUCCUGUUCACCUACUACGGGCUAAUCCUUCAAGCUGAAAAAAACAGUGCCACAGUCAGGAGACACCUGCAAGCCCUCCUGGAAACAUCCCACCAGUGGCCCAAGCAGAGGGAGGGCAUGGCUCUGACCUUGGGGCUGGCGGCCACCCGCCACCUGGAUGACGUCUGGGCUGUCCUGGACCAGUUUGGCCGGAGCAGGCCCAUCAGAUGGAGCCUCCACAGCUCCUCCCCAAAGAACUCGGAGGACCUGCGCUGGAAAUGGGCCAGCAGCACCAUCCUCCUGGCAUACGGCCAGAUGGCGGCCAAAGCCCGGGCCCACAUCCUCCCGUGGGUGGACAACAUCGUGUCCAGGAUGGUCUUCUACUUCCACUACAGCUCAUGGGAUGAGACCCUGAAGCAGAGCUUCCUCAUGGCCACCCUGAUGCUGAUGGGUGCGGUGAGCCGGAAUGAGGGCGCCCACAGCUACGAGUUCUCCCAGACCUCCGAGCUCCUUGAGUGUCUGAUGGUUUUGAUGGAGAAGGAGCCCCAGGACACUCUGUACACGCGGAGUCGCCAGCAGACCAUGCACAUCGCGUCCAGCCUCUGCAAGCUGAGGCCUCCUAUAGAUUUGGAAAGGAAAUCUCAGCUCCUGUCCACCUGCUUCCGCAGCGUGUUCGCCCUGCCGCUGCUGGAUGCCCUGGAGAAGCACACCUGCCUCUUUCUGGAGCCUCCCAACAUCCAGAACCUGUACAGCAGGACCAUGGAGGCACUGGACCUCAUGCUGCAAAGCCUCAUCAUGCAGAACCCCACCACCGACGAGCUGCAUUUCCUGCUGUCGCACCUGUACAUCUGGCUAGCGUCGGAGAAGGCGCAUGAGCGGCAGCGGGCUGUGCACAGCUGCAUGAUCCUCCUCAAAUUCCUGAAUCACAAAGGCAACUUGGACCCAAAGGAGAACUUCAAAAGGAUUGGGCAACUGGUGGGCAUACUGGGGAUGCUGUGCCAGGACCCAGACAGGGCCAUCCAGCGCUGCAGCCUGGAAGGGGCGAGCCAUCUCUACCAGCUCUUGAUGUGCCACAAAGCAGGAGAAGCUUUGCAGGCAGAAUCACAGGGCUCUACGGAGCUCUCCCAGGCCCAUUCAGACGGAGCCCCACUCUGGAGCCGCAGAGACCAGAAGGCCACUCCCCUGGGCCCCCAGGAGACGGAGAAGAACCGCAUCUUCCAGCUUGGCAGCUCCCAAGUCAUCAAGGAGAUCAUGCAGCAGCUCACACUGGCAGAGUUGAAUGACCUCAUCUGGACGACCAUCGACAGCCUGGGCUCCACCAGCCCCUUCCGUGUACAGGCGGCCUCCGAGAUGCUGCUCAUAGCCGUCCAGGAGCACGGGGACAAGCUGAAGAUCGUUUCCGGCAUGGCCCAGGCCAUCUGCCUCCACCUGUGCUCUGUCCGCAUCCCCCAAGCCAAGGAAAAGACCCUGCACGCCAUCACCCUGCUGGCCCGGAGCCACACCCGCGAGCUGGUGACCACCUUCCUGGACAUCUCCAUCCCCUUGGACAGCCACACCUUCCAGCUGUGGAGGGCCCUGGGGGCCGAGCAGCCCACAAGCCACCUGGUGUUGACCUUGCUGCUGGCCUGGCUGCAGGAGCGGCCUCUGCCCACCAGUGCCAGUGACAGCAGCCCCUGCCCCAAGGAGAAGACCUACCUGCGUUCGCUGGCUGCCAUGAACAUGCUGCAUGAGCUGCAGUUCGCCCGGGAGUUCAAGCAGGCCGUGCAGGAGGCCUACCCCAAGCUCUUCCUGGCCCUCCUCACCCAGAUGCACUAUGUCUUGGAGCUGAACCUACCCUGGGAGCCCCAGCCCAAGCAGCAGGCCCAGGAGGUGGCUGCACCCAGCCCCCAAAGCUGCAGCACGUCACUGGAGGCACUGAAGAGCCUGCUGUCCACCACGGGGCACUGGCGUGACUUUGCCCACCUGGAGCUGCAGGGAUCCUGGGAGCUCUUCACCACCAUCCACACCUACCCGAAGGGCGUGGGCCUCCUUGCCAGGGCCAUGGUGCAGAAUCACUGCAGGCAGAUCAGAGCGGUGCUGCGCCAGCUGCUGCCCAGCCUGCAGAGCCCAGAGGAGCGUGAGAGGAAGGUGGCCAUCCUCAUCCUCACCGAGUUCCUCUACAGCCCUGCCCUGCUGGAGGUGCUUCCCAAACAAGCCGCCUUGACCGUGCUGACACAAGGCCUCCGGGACCCCAGCCCCGAGGUCCGUGUGUUGAGUCUGCAGGGCCUAAGCAACAUCCUCUUCCACCCAGAUAAGGGAAGUCUGCUCCGGGGACAGCUGCGGCCCUUCCUCGACGGCUUCUUCCAGAGCAGCGAGCAGGUGAUCGUGUGCAUCAUGGACACCGUGUCAGACAUGCUGCACCGACUGGGCGCGCAGGGCGCAGGGAGCCAGAGCCUCAGUGUUGCCAUCAGUGCACGCUCCUUCUUUAAUGACGAGCGGGACAGGAUUCGGGCAGCAGCCAUGGCACUGUUCGGGGACCUGGUGGCAGCCAUGGCAGACAGGGAGCUGAGUGGCCUGCGGACCCAGGUGCACCAGAGCAUGGUGCCCCUGCUCCUCCACCUGAAGGAUCAAUGCCCAGCUGUCACCACGCAGGCCAAGUUCACCUUCUACCGCUGUGCUGUGCUUCUCCGCUGGCGGCUGCGGCACACCCUCUUCUGCACGCUGGCCUGGGAGAGGGGCCUCAGCGCCCGCCACUUCCUCUGGACCUGCCUGAUGACCCGCAGCCAGGAGGAAUUCGGCAUCCACUUGUCACAGGCCCUCAGCUACCUGCACAGCCACUCCUGCCACAUCAAGACCUGGGCGGCGCUCUUCAUAGGCCACACCAUCUGCUGCCACCCCCAGGCCGUAUUCCAGAUGCUGAACGCCGGGGACAUCAACCUGCUAUUGUGCACUUUUGAACAUCUCAAAAGCGACCCCGAGCCCAGCAUCCGGGAAUUUGCCACCAGCCAGCAAUCCUUCCUCCAGAAGGUGUCGGCCAGACCCAAGCAGUGACCUCCGGCCAUCCUCCCCAACGGCCUUCCCCAGGCUGUGCCCACCUGGUCAGCCCUGCCCCAUCUGCCCCCCACAGAGCUUGGUUGCAUAACGUUUUUCCAUUUGAAAGAAAGAUCUAGAUUCAACAAA